AUGAAGAGAUCGCCAUCUGCCCUUCAUGUGGACUUCGCGGCUUUUGAUCCGGACAUAGUGUCAACUCCAGCUUCUUCCGUAAAUGACACCUUGCCUGUCGGUGACACGAUACCCCUCUUAGUUACCAUGGAUACAAGCGGUGAGUGGGAGGUUUUCGGCUCCACUCCAGAGACCAGCUCGAAUGCGUCGGGCUUUAAUGCCUCUAGAAAUGGCUUUCGGACCGGUGAAAUAUUCACGUGCAAAAUCUACGCCAAGAAAGACCAUUUCGAAGUCUACUUAAAUGGUGUAUGCCUCUCCCUGUCAGAACACAUGAUUCCCGUGGGCUGUAUUCAAAGUGUGAUUAUUGAAGGGGACUGUCGCAUCGAACGAAUGCUCUUCGGAGACAAACUCGCUGUAGAAAAGUCCUCCCGUAAUUCAGUUAAUACGAUUCAGCCCAGACUGUCAGCUUGCAGGAGCCUCGCGCAACUAAACCUCGAGGAGGCUAAAGUAAUUGAGUGUCUCGUGAGGGAGCCCAGCAUCACCUCACCCUUUGGCAGUGCAGAAUCACUUUUCCCCGGUUCCGAUCUCGCGUCAAUUAACACCAGUAAGGAGGAGGGGGUAAGCAGUCACUCUCCGCCCACCGGUACCGCCCCCUCACCUCCAUUAGCUAGUCUUCAUCGGGCAGGUUCCUACCAACUUGUGUUUGACGUCUCUGACGGCGAAGAAGAGACCCUUCCAGACCCCGUGGCUCCGAAUCGCGCUACCAGCUGCUGUAACCUCAGCACCCCACUCCCCAACGUAAUUAAACGUCCUUCACUCCUCGCUCCGCCUAAACCAGUCCCUCAGAGGUAUCAUGCCCUCCGAAAACUGGCCGGUAUUCGGGACGAACUAAGUAAAAGAAAGUCAGCACUGCCAAUGUCCUACGAUUCGCCCACUAAGAGAGGUGAAAGUCCACUCCGGCCAUCAGUCCCCAAAACCGGAUUCGCCAUCAAAGUGAGUCAUCCAGUCGUCCAGGUGCGCGGUGCACAACCAGCUCCCACUCGCCGUGAAACUCCCAGUCGCUGUCUCCCUAACGGGCAAAGACCCCUUCGACCACCGUCUGCCAUACCUGUCCAUGUGAGGAAUGCUACUAACAGUGGAAUGCGCCGUCCCAGCCUACCCAUGUCUAUUCUUUAA